GUCACAUGAUCGAUAGCAGAGCAAUUCUCUUGCAACUUGAUAAGAUCGAGAUACUUCCAGACACACGCGCACACAUAGGGCCGGAGAUAGAAGAAUAGUUAUGGCUUCAUCGGCGGUGAGCCACAGCCACGGCGGGCAGCACCAGCAGCACCUGCCGGCGGCGGCAGGGAGCAUGAUGGCGCGGGUGGACCGGCUGGACCUGGUGGUGGGGUACCUGGAGGAGAUGCGCCACCACAGCGGCGGCAGCGGCAGGUCGUCCACCACCGCGACCAGCACGCUGUCAUCGUCAUCCCCGACCACGCCUAGGUCUUCCCGGCCUCAUGGGUGCCGGCCGGCGGAGGAGCUGCUGCGGGAGGCCAAGGCCAAGGGGAGCCUGGUGGAGCGCAUAGCGUUCCUGGAGGACCGGGUGCUCCGGAUGGAGGAGGAGCGCAUGGAUCUGUCGUCCAGCAUGGAUACGGCGGAGCAGACCACGCCGACCUCGUCGGGGAGGAGGACGAUGAGGAUGAUGAUGAGCGGCAGCGGCGGGGCCGGGGAUGAGCAUGGGAGUGGCGGGAGCGGGAAGAAAGGGAAGAAGGGGCUCAAGAGCUUGGUCAAGUCAUGCGUCCGAGCAGGCGCCAAGCUCAAGACCAAGGAAUAGUCUAGUCUUUCUUUUGUUUCUUUAUUAUUAGUCGUGUGUGUACGUGCAUAUGUUCACGUGUACGUACACCAUGUACAGUAAACGUAUGUGUAAAUGUGAAUGUACACGUUGUAAUAACGAAAAAGUAGUAAUACAUGCUUGCUGUAUUAUCUUCGCCGACAAGAAA